AGACGUGUCGACAUCAUGACCAGAGCGGCCAAAUUGGGGGCAGAGAUGGCGCGUAUCGCUACGGCGUGCCCUACUGACCCUCUCCGACCACAUAUACAACUCCGCACUCUCCUCAACUCACUUGCGGCACACCCAAAACUGACGCCUGGCGUGGUAAAUGCUGCCCAAACGCUGGAGCGGAACGAAAUUAAGCAGAGGUAUCCGUUGACGGACAAGAUCCUCAGGCCGGCCUCUGUUCCAUUGCACUACGAAAAGCUUGUUGAAGGGGUGGAGAAGAGCAUGCAGGGGAUCAAGCGACCGUGGUGGAAGGUGUUUUUCGGGGUUUGGUAG